CAGCAUCCGAAUUUCUUUUAUUCUUUUGACGUCCGUCAUUGUAACGUGCUCUUAUCUCGUCGCCCACCACAAGGGCUAGGGGCAGAGUGGAGGUGAACUGAGCUGAUUCGAUGCCGCCGCACAUGAACUGGCCGGAGUUCCAUGCAAGCCCUCCCAUGGCCUUCACUGACGUCCCAGGACUUCAGGAGGGUGCCGUUGAUGACUUCGAACACUCUAUGGGAAUUGAGGAGUUCCGGAAGAAUGCCAAGGACAUGGUGGACUGGAUUUGUGACUAUUACGCGUCAAACGAGAAGCUGCCCGUGCGUUCGGAGGUGGAGCCUGGCUACCUUCGUCCCCUCCUACCCAAGGCCGCCCCGCAGCACCCCGAAAACUUCGGCUCCAUCAUGCAGGACGUCCAGUCUAAGAUUAUGCCAGGCAUCACGCACUGGCAGAGCCCCAACUUCUUCGCUUACUUCCCCUCCAACUCCAGCUUCCCCGCCAUGCUGGGCGACAUGCUCAGCACCGCCCUCAGCACCGUCGGCUUCUGCUGGAUCGGCUCCCCAGCCACCACAGAGCUCGAGACGAUUGUGAUGGACUGGCUGGGCAAGCUGCUGUGCCUGCCCACCUCCUUCCUGGCCUUUGACGAGCAGGGCAAGCGCGGCCUCGGAGGCGGCGUCAUCCAGGGCUCCGCCAGCGAGUCGACACUUGUGUCAGUGCUGGCUGCGCGCGCGAGGGUCGCCCCUGAGCACGCCUCGAAGCUCGUUGCGUACAGCUCAGAUCAGUCGCACAGCUCAAUCAAGAAGGCCUGCAUGGUGGCGGGCAUCCCCUACGUGCGCAUCAUCCCAGCCUCGGCCGAGGAUGACUACGCCCUUGACCCGGCUGCCCUCAGAGAGGCGAUCGAAGAGGACCUCAGAAAUGAAGACCUGAUCCCCUUCUACGUCUGUGCCACCAUCGGCACAACUUCCUCCUGCGCGGUUGACCCAAUCGCUGAGAUCGGCCGCAUCACCCGGCAUUACAACCUCUGGCUGCAUGUGGACGCGGCUUAUGCAGGCGUUACCUCCAUGCUGCCAGAGUACCGCCACUACUUCAACGGCCUGGAGCUUGUGGACAGCUUCAUCACCAACGGGCACAAGUGGCUGCUGACCAACUUCGACUGCUCCUGCAUGUGGGUGCAGAACGCGGAGCCCCUCAAGACAGCGCUCUCGCUCACCCCGGCCUACCUGCGCGCCAAGGGGAACAGCCUCGACUACAAGGACUGGCAAGUGCCUCUGGGCCGGCGCUUCCGCGCGCUCAAGUUGUGGUUUGUGAUGCGCUCCUACGGCACUGACAACAUCAAGAAAUUCCUCAGGCAUCACGUCCAGCUGGGGCAGCUCUUUGUGAGCCUCAUCCAGACCGACGCCCGACUGGAGAUCAUGGCACCCCCACGCUGGGGCCUCAUCUGCUUUGCUAUCAGAGGUCCCAACAACGACGCGACCAACGAGGCGACUGCGGAGCUGCUGGAGAGAAUAAACAAGAGCGGCCGCGCUUUCCUCGUGCACACCGAGCUGAGCGGUCGCUUCGUGGCGCGCAUGGCAAUCGGCGGCAGCCUCACUCAGGAGCGCCACGUGCGUGCCACCUGGCAGCUCAUCUCCGAGUGCACCACCGAGGUCCUCGCUGCCCGCGCGAAAUUCCACAAGGGCGUCUGAUUAAGCGCGCAUGCGCUUUUUGAAUUCGAAAUUGGCUUCAAACCUGGAAAAGGACAAAAGCCUCAGGCCGCACCACCGAGGUCCCAGCGGCCAGCGCCGGGUACCGGAGGGGCGCCUGAUUGAGCGCGUAAGCACAAUUUUAGAUUCAAAUUCAAAAUCCGGAGGGAGGACCUGGCGGCCCGCAGCAAGCGCCAUGGGGAGGCCUGCUCAACGCGCUCGCAUCGGUCCCCCUUUUGAAAUUAAGUUCAAAAUCAUCGGGGAGCGGCAGAUUGCACCACGGAACAUACCGGUGGGGCACUCGGCAGGCAUCGCAAGGGCGCCUGAUCAAGCGCGCAUGCGCUGCCCUUAUUUUGGCACAUAUUCAAUUUUUUUGGGGGAGCCUCAGAUGUGCCUCAGAGGUCCCGGGGGCACGCGGCAAGCAGCGCAGGGGCGCUUGAUCAAGCGCACAUGCAUUCAAUUACGAAUAAACAUAUCCCAAGGUGAGCGAUGUGUUGCACCACCAGGGUACUGGCUGCGCGCGGCAAAUUGUUACACAGGGCAUCUUAUAAUCAGCUGCGCGGUUUUCCCAAUCUUAGAGUCUGCUUUC